UGAAACGGAAGUUUACAAUUACUAUUCUUAGAAACAGUGAAAUAGAAAAAUAGAUCACAUCUUCAUCCUGAUUUGUGUUUGCGUCCGGCUUUUCUAAUUGAUAUUGGGGUCUUUGGAAAGAAAAAGGGGAUAACUUGUAGGCACACUUCAUCGCUUCAACGUUUAGUACAGGUGCGUCGCCGAGAAUAGGAACUGUUUACUUUUCAAAGUGGAAUCUUAUGACAUCGGGGAAGCCCCUGGCCUCGCCCCGGCAGGUCCUGGUUGUUUAGGGAGACCAGGUCUUGUGAGUGACUGACUGGGUGGCUAUUUUUGACCAGGCCAAGGCUUUCCGGUGACGUGUUCAAGACAGUGGUGGAGUUGCUUACAAUUUACUUAUUACGAAGUAGCCUUCGAACAUCGGGUGCCAACUGUAAUUGAUCCAACAUGGAGUUGGGGACGCCGUCCAACGAUGUGCUGGAUUUGCUUUUUGAUGACAACUGCGGCAUACUGAAAGGCGAUUCUUCUGUUGGUGUUAGUGAUUUCACCAAACAUGACUUUGUGGAUCAAAAUUUCAACCCUACCAGUAACAUGGCGUUUCACAAUAUCAACCUCGGUGAUUUUGACUUGCUGAGUGACAACUUGUUUGAGAGCCUUAUCAAUUCUGCAGAGCCGAAUUCUUUUUUGGAUGGAGAACCUGCUGCAAAAAAGCGUGUCAUUCAUUCAGAUCAUGAUUACAUAGCUCAUAAAUCGCCAAGUGAGCACAGCGACAGUGGUAUAUCAGUUGUGUCAGAUGAUUCUUCUUCAGCUUUACAUCUAAACAUCAGCCCAGAGGAUAAUAUGACUGAUGAUCAGCUUGAGCUUUUCGUUACUGGGAACAUUAAAGGUUCACCUGAUUGCACCACAGGAACAACACCCCCAUCAUCAUGUGGUGACAGCCACACUUUUGACCUUUUUGAUGUUAUUGACAAUAAUGAACCUGACUCAACAGGAGAUAUCAAACACACUCACACUGUAGAUACAACAACAGCUGAUUUGGAUGACUUUGACUUCACUUGCAGUAAUGAUGACAACAUUUCUAUAGACUUUGAUCUGGAGCCACUGAGUCAUUCUGGAGUUGGAUCUGAUUCUGAGAAUCACGACUCACGAUCAGUCUUCGUGUUCAGUGGUUCUGCAAAAAGGUUAAUACCUUCCCAGAAAAUUUCAAAAGGAGGCAGCGCUCUACCAUUCACAGUCAAGGACAUCGAUCCUCACAUUACAAGCGUAACAAACUUCCCAGAGCUGCGUCUCACAGAUGAAGAGAAAGAGUUGCUUGCAAGGGAAGGGGUUACGCUGCCAACGAACUUACCCCUCACUAGGGAUGAAGAAAGAGUUUUGAAAGCAGUGAGAAGAAAAAUCAGAAAUAAGAUCUCAGCGAAAGAGAGCCGCAAAAGGAAGCAAGGAUAUGUUGAUGGCCUUGAACAAAGAGUAAAACUGUGUACACAAGAAAACAGAGAACUUCAGAAAAAAGUGGACUCUCUUGAAAAACAGAAUGUGUCUCUUAUUGCCCAGAUGAAGAGGUUACAGUCUCUGGUUGGCAAGUCAAAGGUACCUGCUCAAGCAUCUACAUGUGUUAUGGUGUUAUUGUUGUCCUUCGCCUUGCUUGUGGUGCCAAACUUGAAUCCAUUUGGCAGUGAGGAAGAGAACCACACACCUAUUGCAACCUCAAGUGCAGCUGUUAGAGGUAAGGCAAGGAGCCUGCUCAAUCAUGACAGUUCUGGGCUGGCUGCCUCUGAUGAGGACCCAUACGGUGUGACUCAGCGCCCCAGUGCUCCCUGGGACAGCAAGCAGGGAGUUGUGCAGAUGUCUGCUCUCAGCGCUGCUGACAUUGCUCUGGCUGCCGACGAUGUCUUGUCGGUGGUAAAGACAGAGGUUGAGACCUCAGAUGGAGAAACGAAGAAAGAGGAGGACGACAAAAAGCUAAGGAUAGCCGACCGCUUUCCUGAACUAUCGAAGAGAAUAAAAUCAGAACCUUUAGUAGACAUGAACAGGAUUCAGGACUUGCAUCAUGUAAAAGUUGGCGUUGAAAAUAUGGCAGGAGGGAGUAAAAUUUUAGAGCAGAACAGCACAGAAGAGAAUAUCCCGAUUGAUGUUGAGAACUGACGUUUUCUUGAUAUUGUGGUAUUCUGUGAAAGGGAUAAUUGUAUCCAAAGAAAAAAAUAUAUCAGGGAAUCUCCUGUGGGUCUGGUGGAUUACUUCGAACAAUUAUGAUCUUUCUGUGGUGCUGCGCAAUGUUGGCACCACUUUUUGACUGUGGAGAUAGGGUAAAACACUCUCCUCAUCGUUUGAGCUGUCUUCUGUCUUUCAAAGUUUUCCCCUGUCGGGUUCAGAUAAUAAUGUAAAAUUGGAGGUGUCCCAAUCCAAAGAUGUUUUACAGUGUGGAGACUGAUUCCUUCCCCCCCUUCAUUUGAAACGUGGAAAUUUGGAGGAAGUGUUGGGAUUGAUGUUUUCCUGUGCUUAGGCUGUGGCUUUAGAUCUGUGUUACUGAGAUGUGUUUUUUAUUUUUAUUUUUAUUUUUU